CGGCAUAGUUGAAUUUCAAACAGCAAGCAAUAAGAAAGCGUUGAACAAGCGCGCAAAAAACUUCAAACAAAACUUUUACUAAAAAUAAAGUGGAAGAACUGUUUUUGAAUUUUAUUUUUCUAUUCUUGAGAAGUGAAUUAACUAAAUACAAACGUAAAAAUGUCGUCUCUACCAUUAAUCUUGAGCUUGGCUGAUGACUUGAGCCGCUUGACACCAUUCUACGAACCAGUGUUCUACACACGUUGGCCCGCCAUUAGCACCACGCCCAGUGGCCGUUUGCGCAAAUUGGAUAAAGAUUUGCCAUUAGCUACUAUUGGAAAGGAUGGGUUCCAAGCCAGUAUGGAUGUACAGCAAUUCAAGCCCAGUGAGUUGAAUGUAAAAGUGGUCGAUGAUCACAUCGUGGUCGAGGGUAAACAUGAGGAGCGUGAAGAUGAUCAUGGUUACAUCUCACGACACUUUGUCCGUCGUUACGCUUUGCCGAAAGGAUUCAAGGCCGAUAAAGUGGUUUCCACACUGUCUUCGGAUGGCGUCUUAACAGUUAGUGUACCAAAGCCGGCCAUUGAAGAUAAGUCCAACGAGCGUGUGAUCCAAAUUCAACAAACUGGACCAGCGCACUUGAAUGUAAAGGAUAAUCCGGAGGAGACAACCAAAGAGGAAAAAGCAAAAGCGUGAAUCGUAUAUCAUUCACUUAAUUUAUAGGUGUUGUAGAAAAGUAUUAAGAAGUAUAUAAGAAACAUUAUAAAAUGAUUUUGUUUUUAAGAAAAAAGGCUGAA